GUGGGAAGAGACAAACAGUGGAAGACCGCGGCAAUAGUUUAGCAUUUUUUCCAGAUUAAAAUGGCUUCUUCGUCGCUAAAAAGUACUCGGAAAACCUACAGUUUCGAGGAGAGGGAAAUUCUGAUAACCUUGAUAAAUAAAUACGAAGAUAUCGAGGAUAAAAGGUCCGAUCCGAUAUCGAUGUAUAAAAGAAAAUCGGCAUGGUCUCAGCUUGCCAAUGAAUAUAAUUCUACGGUAGGCCCACAGGGAAUGCGUUCAGCCAUACAAUUAAGACGUUGUUGGGAAAACAUGAAAGCCUGUAAAAGAAAUCGCGAAGAAAAAAAGUUACGAAAUAUUUCAAAAAGUUUUUGUCAACUGUCGAAAGAUCGCACAAGGUCUAAAAGCUGGGAAAACAGGAAUUCUUUACCGGAAGUUCCCAUACCUACCGGAACUGUAGGCCUACCGCCAAAUGUUGUGUUUGAGCCGAAGGAGUCAGAACCGUUCACGUUACAAACCGUUUGCACAUUAAAGCCUUCAAAACAGAUGUCGAAAGAGGAAAAUAAUUUCAAAGAUUCAGAUUCUAUCAGCAGCAAGAUCGAGUCGAACUUGUUGUCGCACAGUACAAAGGUGGACUGUCUCAACAAAUCGGUGAAGGACAUGGACUCACCUGUGGUCGAGCAAUUAGACAAGGAUAAUGCUUUAGAGAAGAGUCGAUUAAUUUUCAAAACGAACGCAACACAAACGUUGAUCUCCCCUCGGAUUGUUCACGACCAGCCUCGCAGAACGAAGAGGUCCCUCCACAAAGAGGAGGAACUGCACGUAUUGGCUCUGUCGGAGGCACAGAUGAAGGUCGAUAUUGCUGCUAUGUUGAAAGAGGAGGCCAGGAUUAAAUUAGAAGAGGCUCACUAUCGGAAGGAAGAAGCUAGGCUAAGGAUGCUUCUUUUUACCUAUAAGCUCGAUAGGAUAAAGGAAGAUUGA